AUGACCCCGAUCAAGCGCAGUGCACCUCAUGUCGUAUUCUUGAUUGACGUUGUACAGCAAUAUGAAAAUGGCCACGAUGCAACGGUGCGAUGGAUCCAGGGAAUGGUGCUUCGUAUACUUUUGUACUUUCUCGACUCGGUUGACAAACGCACGACUUGGGGAUACCGCUUCUUUAACAGCAAAACGCGCUCCAUUGCAAUGACCAAUCAGUCUUUCCAUCCUAUUUCAACAAAGACAGUUCACGAAUUCGCCAACGAGUUUAGCAAACGCAUCAAGAACGAGCACGAUCCGAGCUCAAAGGCAGUGGAUGCACCAUUCACGGUUGUCACACGAAGUCUUGUACAGGCACUCGCUGAAUUUCACUGGAGCGACAUUGAUCUUUCAUCCGAAUCACCUCGACGACAAUGGAGCAAUAGUGCAGCAAGUCGUGGGAUGCAAAAGAUCGAUAUCAAGAAUUAUACAUACUUGUUAACACCAGCACCACAUUCACUCGAGGCCUUGCAGCGUUAUAUGCCAUCUCAUUCUACCAUCAACAGCAACGAAGAUACGGACGUCAAUGAUCAGCUUGCCCAAUGGCUUCAGUUAAUGCACAGCGAACUUCGAAAGUGGUUAUGGGAGGAUUAUGCCAAUCAUCGCAUCUCACUCAGUUGGGUUGAUACUGGCAGCUUUAUUGGCAACUCAGAGGAGCUGUUGCUAUGCAACGGUCUUGGAUCAAUAUUGCGACCUUUUGGUGGUACCCACAUCAGAUCAUCUAUGCUCAUGUCCCAUUUUGGAAGCUAUGGCGUUUCGUUUUCAGAGGUGUUUCAUGGAUGUACACCGCGUACAGUCAACGUUGGGAUUGAUACCAUCUCAGGGAAGAGUACACAAGAACUGCUGGGUCUUAAAGAAGAAAUGCAAUCAUGGACAGUGGAUCUUGUACAAGGCUCAAAAGAGGAACAACCUUCCAAGAUUAAAGUUUAUCCUGCAACAAGCAAACCAUCACGUGACCUGUCCAUAGAGCAGCUCGACGUCGUUCAUUAUAUCCACCGGUGCCAAUGGAAUAUGUCAUGGGUCGAAUAUCCAUCCUCAGAGGAAGAAGACAUCUUUGUUCUUGAAAGCACGGACAACAAAUGCUCCUCCUUGAUCGAUGACUUACGAGCAAAACGGCAGCUGGCAAUAUCGCGCAUCGUCGGCAACAAAGAAUUUUAUGCAGUGAUCGAACCCAAAAUCAACAAUACUGCAAUACUACGGAUAUUGGCACCGAGCUUCCAGCUAUCUCACAUCACCGAUAUGGAAAACUUGACUCCAGCAAAAAAGCGCACAUUCGAAUCGACCAUGUUGGACUAUAUCAGUUUACCAGCCACUCAUGCAAAGAAAGCGCGACUAGUCGAUUUGCUACAAGAUACAUCCAACGAGUCAUUGAAAUUGGCAUCUUUAUCAGAAACCAAACAGCAGCUCUUGGUUGAUAUCAAGAACAGGCGAAGGAACCGGAAAGGGAGAUUGGAAGCAGUUGUGGAAGCCAAGCUACAAAGUCAAUCACAGCCAGCGACACCUCCUCCUAUUCAUGCUGAGCCUGCAUCAUCCUUUGAGUUACCAAAAUCCGCCCAGGAGCUGCGUGAUACGUUACGACAAAUUUACCUUGAAACUAUAUAUACCCAAAAGUGGCUGCUUAUCGAUUCAAUGAAGCAAAUGUACGAGUGUAUGGAGCAUGUUCUCGAAAAGACAAAAGGAGGCACAAGGUUGAAUGAAGUUACGAGUGCGGUGCGUUCACUUUUGUACCUUUCCUCCGAAUUUGAUACCAAGCAUAACAACACCAUUGUUGGCAAUCGUGAGGAGGACCUUCCUGAAGACGAACGCAGCUAUUUUUCAGAAUGGCGAGCAUAUACAAUGAGAACUGGAAACGAGGAUCACGCAAGUUCAUGGCGCAAAGCAUUGAAAAUCCGAGAGGGCAAAAUGCAAAUGGUGCUUUAUCUCUUGAGUAUUUGCUUGGAGCGUAGAUCCGGGCGUUUAUCGAUUACGCAGAGUCAGAAGGAAUUGAAGGGCGAGGUGGAUCUUGAAAAUCCGAUGCUCGAAUAUCAGCUGUGUAUUUACUACGACAGGAGUGGUGUUUGGGAACAAGUGUACGAUGUUGGCACCUUUUUUCAAGACCUGGAGCAAAAUGAGAUGGGUGGACCAGGCUUCAGGAUAGACCCAGCGGAUGUUUCACUUGCCACGUUUUUUCAUCAUAUGCACCAAAGUAUAUCAAACGCUGCGAUAGAUUGGACACAAUUCCUUGUGGAUCGUUCGGUUGAGGAUGAGCCAUCAGAGACCCAAUCUUUAAGUUCUCAAAUUACCAGCUCUCAGAUGUCCACCACCAGCUUUUGGGAACCAUCCAGUCCACCUGAUAUGCUCAGCUCACAGAGAUCAACAAAAAGUAAAAACAUGGACGACGCAUCCUCGCAUACGAAGAAAAGAUCAGCCAUGCCAGACCUACCAUUCAUGCGACGUGAAGUGGAUCUUUCCAAACGCAAAAAUAUUCCCGAGAGGAUAGCAAGCGCUUCAUCUGCAAAGCCUUCCAUGAGACGAGCCAACAGCUUCACUCAGCCUCCCAUUUCAUCACAACCAAGGAAAGCGAGGUUUAAUGCAAGUCAAGAUCAAGAUAGUGUAUUGGUUAAGCUACGUGAGCCCUUAUCUCCAACCACACCACGCACGCGAUUUGAGAGAGAUUUUGGUUUCUCAAUGUCUGGUCUCGGAUUUACACCACAUCGUCACGAGACACAGUCACCCUCCAACAGAAGACAAGUGGCCAUGGCAGCAGAAGAGCAAGACGACGUCGAUGACGAGAUAACAGAGGCAAGGACACCACGUCGUGUUAGACGUUUGAUGAUGACACCAACACGCAUGCGGAACGAGGCAACAGCCCCACAUCGACGUCCUCGGCGAAACCUUACAGAGAGCUUGAUGGCGGCAUCCACCACCAUUAUGUCAACAACUGAGACAUUUGGUCAAGAAGAGGAAGAUGAUCUUGAUGGUCUUUUCGAUGAUCCCAAUCCUAUACCAGUUUUUGGAGAUAUACUUAGUGAUGAGGAAGAUGAUCUUUUCAAAUAA